AUGCAUAGAACAAAAACCACUGCAGUUAUGAAACAUGUAAUUGGCAAGUGUCACAAAGAGUAUCUGGUUGAUUGUCUGAAAAAUACUAAAUUCAGUAUUUUAACUGAUGAAUCAACCGAUAUUAGCUGUAUUAAACAAGCAUGUAUCGUGGUUAGGUACUUUAAUCGAGACAUGGGUAGGAUUGUCAGUCAUUUUUUUGAAUUAUCUAAUGUAUUUGAGACCAAUGAUUAUAAAAAAGCCCAAGAAGGAGCAACAGGCAAAAAUUUAUAUGAUUGUAUAUUUAAAUCAUUUGCCGAAAUUAAUAUACCAUUUGAGAAUGUCAUAGGUUUUGGGUCAGAUGGGUGUAAUUCAAUGAUGGGCGCCCAUAAUUCUGUUGCUAGUAGAAUGAUAGAAAGCUGUCCUGGUAUUAGUAUUUGGACUUGUAUAUGCCAUUCUUUGCACCUUUGCGCAAGUGAAGCUUGCAAAAUCCUACCUAAACGCUGUGAAGAUUUAGCACGCAGUGUUUAUUCAUUUUUUUCAAUGAGUUCUAAAAGAAGUGCCCAAUUUGUGCAAUUUCAGGAAUUUUGCUCUACUCCAGUACAUAAACUUUUACAUCCAAGUCAGACUAGGUGGUUGUCUUUGCACUUGGUUGUAUCAAGACUCAUUGAACAAUGGAAUCCAUUGUUUUUAUACUUCCAAGAUAAACAUUUAACAGAACGUCUUACAAUAGCUGAAACAAUUUACAGUGCACUAACAGAUCCUCUCAUAAAAUUAAUAUUUUUAUUUUUAGAUUGGAUCUUGCCCAAAUUUACCUCUCUUAAUUCAUUUUUUCAAAGUUCUUCUGUGGUUAUAACUCAGUUACAUGAUAAAAUGGUUUCAACUUAUAAAGAUUUACUUUCAAGUUUUAUGAAACAAGAUUAUAUCAACAAAACUCCUAUACAUUUAAUAAAUCCUGAAAAUGUUGACGAAUAUAUCCCUAGUACACAAAUGUACCUUGGUAUAAAAGUAUUAAAAGAAAUUGAAAAACCUAAUAUUAAUAGUAAUAAAGCAUUGUUAAAUGACUUUUAUUGGAGGGCGCAACAAUUCUUAAAAAUUGCAUGUUCACAAAUUAAAAAAAAAUAUGAUUUUAGUAAUCCUUUAAUGUCAAAAAUUAAGUUAAUGGAUCCCAAAGUUGCUACAUCAAAGAUAAGGGAAAACAACAGUACUAUAUUUCCUCUUUUAAAAGUAUUACCUCGAUUAACUGAAUUAAAUGAUGAACUAUUACAGAAUAUUGAUGAUCAAUGGAGAUUAUUGAAUAAUUUUAAUAUUCCAACUGAUAUUUUAAAUAAUUUAGAAGAACCUGAUGUUUUUUGGUUUAAGCUGUCCAACUUGCAGAUGGGUAAUCAAGAUUAUCCAUUUGUACAUUUAGCAAAUUUUGCUCUUGGUGCAUUAUCUCUUCCUCACUCUAAUGCUGAUUGUGAGCGAAUUUUCAGCAAAGUAAAUUUAAUUAAGGUUAAAACCAGGAACCGAUUAAAUACAGAUACAAUCCAAGCAUGCUUGUUUGCCUCACAAGAAAUACAAAUUAAAAAUAAUACUUGUAUUGAUUUUAAACCUUCAAAACAAAUGAUUGAUUCAAUGACAACAAGUAAUCUGUAUGACAAACAUUGUAAUGACGAGUUUUGUUUUGAAGGAGUGUGA